AUGACUAUGUUCUUCACCUCGGAGACUAUAUCUACGAGACAGGGAAAGAAGGUGAACGUGGAACAGCUCCCUCAGGCACUAUUUUCACCCUUCAAGACUACCGAACACGGCAUGGACAGGUGCGUCAUUUCCACGCACCGAGCCGAUCCUGACCUCCAGCUCCUCGCAAACGAUUUUGCUUGGAUUGCCACCUGGGAUGACCACGAGUUCGCCAACAAUGGCUACAGAGAUGGUUUCAGUGGCCUUAACAACACAGAGGAGUCGUUUCUCAACGAUGGGCCGCAAGUCAGCGUCGAUUCUCGCAAGGCUAAUGCCGUAAGAGCCUAUUUUGAGUGGAUGCCCAUCCGGUGA